GGAGGAGGGCGAAGCUUAUUUGACAGGCGUUCCCAGCUACCCGAGUAGCUGUUACUGGCACCGAAACUGUAGACAUGUGUGGUGAGUACUGUGUCCAUUUUACCUUCACAGUAUCUAUCUGGGUGAUGUAUUUUAUUCAUAAUUCAUCUUAACAGCGAGUUAAACAAAUACAAAAGACCGUUAGCUAAGGCUAAUAAUUCCAGUUAGUUAAAAUUAGCUUGUGGGGGCUUAGCUGUGUUAGCUGGUGGUGCUGCUGCUGAUGCUGUUAGCUGUCCAGAUGUAAAGAAGUCAUUGUUUCUUCAUGUUGUAUCUACUGUCCAAGCGAUUUAGACAUAGUGGCCUUAAAAACAACUCGACAUCUACAUAUGUAUUGUAAAAGGAUCUCCUGCUAACGCCAAACAGCUUUACGUGUUUUGCGGUGACAUUACGUGCAAAGCGUAACUUAGAGCUGGGAUGUGGUUUUUAGAAGCUUUGACUUCAUACUCAUGAGUCAUUUAGAUAGGAGUGACCUCAAAACUGAUAACUAGAAUCGAAGUCAGAGGCGUUUGGGUGAAAAAAAACCUUAUCAUAUCAUCCUGCACUGGCUGGAAACUUCUUGUGAAAGUCGUUCCUAGGAAAUGCCCACCAUCAUCAUCAUCAUCAUCAAUGUGGUAACAGCUGAUGACUGUCAGUUUCCCUAUCACUGACUGUCUCAAAUGGUCUGUUUCAUCCUGUCACACACCUGUAACAGAUAACUAAUGCCUCCCUGUCUCCCAUCACUGUCACCACAAUCAGACCUGAUAGACCAAAGACCAAAAAUAAAUGCCUUAUUCUAGGGCUGGGUGAUAUGGGGAAAAGUUUAUCACAAUGUAUUUUUUUCGUAUCAGGUGAUAUCGAUAUAUGUCAUGAUGUAGGCUUGGGUGAUUUGGCAAAAAAGAUGAUCACGAUAUAUUUUGUCGUAUCGUCUGAUCUCGAUUAUUAUCACGAUUUUUUUAAACUGCCAGUUUUAAAGCAUCUGUACUAAAAGCUAAAGAAACUAGAGAUUAGUUCAACAUUUUAUUAGCAUAUAAAGUAAAUUGAAUAAGAUAAACUUAGAAAAAUACAAAAACCAUUUUAACUCAACAGUACAACAAAUGUAGAUAAAUACUAAAUAAUACAGUGAACUAGUUUACAGUCCUUUGUAUUUUUGCAGUUAUGUUAGACCCCAAAUAAACAAAAAUCCCCCUCAGAGAUAAUGAAGACACCUUAACAUGUCAACAUUAGAUUAUGUAAACGUAGAUGAUUGAUCGCUGCUUUGGUCUGGUUGCUGCACAGCUAGUUGUAGCCAAACUGCUAAUGCUACUCGUGCCGUCAGCAGUGACAGACUGUACAGACUCUGCUCGCAUUUUCAUGCUUUCCGCAUAAUCAUUCGAGAAGAACUUCUUCAAAUGAUUAAACAGAUCUGUUGUGUUGCCGGUUUUUGAGGGCAUCGACCGCUGAUAUACCUUGCACAUUGGCGUAAUUACUUGACUUCACUUUGGAGAUACCCGAACCACCGCCACACAACCGACGUUGAAUAACUUCUCAACAAUAACAUCUUCGGAGGACGACUCAAAGUCACGGCUUACAUCUCUUUUACUGCCCCCAUCUUCACGUUUAGCUCCAUGUUCAGUCAUUCUGUUUACUUCCCCGGUAACUUACAGAAGUGGAGCAGGAAAAGCUCGACUCUGAUUGGCUGUUGUGAUGCACAUUUCCACCAUGUUUGAUCGAGUAAAUAUGCUCACAGCUGAUCACUGUGAUCGAACUCAAAUUUAUCACGAUCAUCGAUCACCAUCAUAUAAUGGCCCAGUCCUAUCAUGAUGUAAAGAGUUAAAUUUAACAGUGCUUAUUGGUCACAUGUCUUUCGCAAUACAAUAAGCGUCUGCAUCUGUGAGGUCUGUGUGUCUCUUUGACGUUUUGUCGUAAGGCGUUGAGCUAGACUCUAGAGAAAGCAGACUAAAUGGUCAGGCACUGUGUCAGAAAAAAAUCAAAAGUACCUCCACACCUCUGAUGUUUUCAUAUUGAGCCUUCAUCUGCAUUUCUGCCUGGGGUAGCACUCAUUUUCUGUUUUAUUCCCCUUUUCAUUGGCUAUUCGUUAAGUCCACCAAAACAUGUCAGAAUGCAGGAAAUAUUGCAGCCCUAAUGCUGCCAUUAACGUAAUGGACACAUUUUAUUCUGCUCCUGUUUUAUCAUCAGAGGUUUAUUUUGUGACUUCCCCCACUCCUCCUCCCUCUUCUUUGGCAUCUUCCUCCUCACCUGCUGAUCUGAAUGACUGCUCUGUUGAACCGAGCAGCCCCCCUGGCUCUACAUUAGCAUUUUCCUGCCAGUGCUAUGCUGUAAAACAGAGCUGUGUUUCAUGCCUUCCCUCGAGCCAAUUAAGGUGAAACUACUUUAAGUGUGUGAGUAACUUGCUGAAUAGAAGAUUGGACUGGCUGUGGCUGCCAGACGUCCACAGGAAAGAUUGAUAAUCACUGUCGAUAUUUGUCUCUGUAACGCUGAGGUCUUGAUUAAUCUGGGCGAGCCUUUUAAUGUCCUUUGCGGCAAAAUGCUGUCACAGUUCCCGACUUAUUUUUGGUCGAGUACCUUCAACCAAAACCUUUUGAAUGAGAUUUGUGUGACAGUUCCUCGCUUUCCCACCCUUUCUCAAAGAAAGGAGGAGAUAUCAACUUGCAUAACCCCAGGUUAAUGGAUACACCCCAUUGUGUUAAAGCAGGUCUGUCUAGUAAGAAAAUGUUUUUCUAGUUCCCUAAAUACCCCUGUAAAACUGGUUUCUCGGGCAGUAUUGCAAUAGACUUCGAAAGAGGAUGACGCUACUGAGUGAUGCGCAUCUCACUCAGUUGUUUUCUAUGGAUUUCCAUACAUGACAUGCUGCCAGGCUUCAGCAGCUGUGACAACAUUUGUUCUCACUGUAAAUAUAGGCCAUAAAUUCAGUAUAAUGCUGUAUCCACGCUGUUCUGGAUUGCAUUGGUGCUGCAGAUUUUUGUUUCAGUAGUGUGUGUGUUUUAGUUCAAGAAAACCACAGUCAAUAAUACCCAAGCAUUUAUGUGAACACAAAGUUUAAGAUUCACGCGUUUAUUUCAAUUUUUAUACACACGUUUUGUAAAACACGACAAGCACUGAGUUUAAAAAUGUUGUUUACAAUUACGUGAAAUUGAUUUAUCUUAGUUAUUAUAGAGUUAUCUGGGUUUUACUGACGCAGGACUAUAAACAACUCAAAGUAUAUUUUAUCAUCAGCUACUGAAGAUUUCUUGUCAAUCAGGUCACCAAAACUGAAAUGAACUAUAAAUGCAUAUAGCCUGACAGGAAUUUAAAUUGAUCCGUUCUUUCAGCUGCUCUUACAAUCUGUUUUUACAAGAAAAAGUUAAAAACAAAACUCUUUCUAGCGGGCUGAAUCAUACUGAAUCGUGACAAUGUGUUCCCUUCCCCAGGAAUCUUUGCCUAUCUCAACUAUCAUGUGCCAAGGACUCGGCGUGAGAUCCUUGAAAUUCUCCUCAAAGGACUCCAACGCUUGGAGUACAGAGGUUACGACUCAGCGGGUAAGAGAUGGGAAGACUCAUAUCAGACAUGCUCUCUUUCUGUUUCAGGGACUCUGUUAAAAAAACAACAGAGGACCUCAGUUUGCAGUGAAUUAUUUAACAGACAUAAUGUUGCAGGUCUGGGCUAACUUAACCACUAAUGGAGUAUGUUUAUCCCAUACAUUUCACAUACAUUUUAUGCAGCCUUUUGUUUUAUACGCAUUAGUUUAGUGUUAAGUAUUGAAGUCAAAUAUAAUAUUUUUAUGAUAUAAUGUGUUGUUUUAAGGUGUCGGGAUUGAUGGCGGCAAUGGCAAGGACUGGGAGUCAAAUGCCAAGAGCAUCCAACUGAUCAAGCAGCGUGGGAAAGUGAAGGCUUUGGAUGAAGAGAUCCACAGUAAGCCACUAUUAUUUCAGUCGUUCACUGAAGGACACAAAGAAAUCAUUCACAUCUGAAUCAUUGAUUUACUUUUAGUUGUAUAAACUGAAUGCCUGAUGUUUUCUGUGCCGGGUUGUGUUUGUUUAACCUGCAGAGCAGCAGGAUAUUGACCUAGAUGUGGAGUUUGAUGUUCAUGUUGGCAUCGCCCACACCCGCUGGGCCACCCACGGUGUACCCAGCCCGGUCAACAGCCAUCCACACAGAUCUGACAAGACUAAUGGUCAGUUAUGUUGAAGAUAGAGGCUCGUUCUCCCCACAUCUCCCAACCUGAUAUUUUUAUAACUGCUCAGUCAAUAAAAUGUGUCUUUCUGGUCUGUAGAGUUCAUCGUCAUCCAUAAUGGAAUCAUCACAAACUACAAAGACCUGAGGAAAUUCUUGGUGAGCAUAAAAAUAUUAGAAAUCUGCUUUUAUUCUACUUGCUGGAAACAGGACUGACUCUAUUUCGCCUAAUCUCUCCAGGAAAGCAAAGGCUAUGAGUUCGAGUCCGAGACCGACACGGAAUCCAUUGCCAAGCUGGUGAAGUACAUGUAUGACAACCGGGAGAGUGACGAUAUCAACUUUGCUACACUGGUGGAACGUGUGAUCCAGCAGCUGGUAAGGAUCUGCUUAAACACGGGUGCUGCUCGAGUGACCAGCAGUUGAAAUAGCCUUCCCUAAUUGUAUCUUCUUCCACCUGACAGGAGGGAGCUUUCGCCCUGGUCUUUAAGAGUGUCCACUACCCAGGAGAGGCAGUCGGUACAAGGUACACUCUCACUUUUAUGCCCUCAAACUUGAUGUCUCUGUCGCAGAUGAACGUGUGAUUUCAUAAAAAUGUCCCCUCACAGGAGGGGAAGUCCCUUGCUGAUGGGGGUGAGAAGUGAUCACAAGCUGUCUGCUGACCACAUUCCUGUGCUCUACCGCUCCUGUGAGUUAAAAAAUUCAGUUCUUGGUUUAAUCUGUUCACAUGUGAUUGCAUAACUGUGACUGAGACCCAGUUUCUCUCUCCUUUUGCUCAGCUGGUAAAGACAAGAAGGGCUGCAGCGCUCUGCCCAGGACCGACCAGGACACCUGCCUGUUCCCUGUAGAUGAGAAAGCUGUGGAGUAUUAUUUCGCUUCUGAUGCAAGGUAAGCAGAUAUCUUGAUUUUGACAGCCUCCAGUGAUUCUCCAUAAAACGCUUUUCUCUCCUCUAGAUGUGUCGCAGCCUGAUCUGUGACGUGUAAAUUCGACAUUUAAAUUUCUCCCAUCACUACAGUGCGGUCAUCGAGCACACAAACCGCGUGAUCUUCCUGGAGGACGAUGACGUGGCCGCCGUGAUGGAGGGCAGACUGUCCAUUCACAGGAUAAAGCGCAGGGCCGGAGACUAUCCCGCGCGUGCCAUUCAGACCCUGCAGAUGGAGCUGCAGCAGAUCAUGAAGGGUGAGGUGAAGGCCGUCAGUCGUUCUGUUUAUUUCCUCAGACCAUGUGUGCAAAUAAAUCAUUUGUGCACCAGCUUGUAAUUAUGUCCUGGACCCUGUUAUUAUUGUGUAACUCUUAAUGGUGCGCUGGGUACUUCUAACAUCCAGCCUCGGGGGGCCGUCCUUUUAUCAGCCAGCUGGUUACAACCCUGCUGGAUUAGUUCUCCUCGAGGGAAGGAACUGCUGUUUAACUAACUAGAGUUGUGGAGAUUUAUCACCUUUUAUUACUCUUUAAUGUACCUGAAUGUUGGGAAUGCAUUCAUUGCUUCUGGCUUUGUAGGAAAGGAUAUAAGAAGUCUAUGAACUUUGUGCUCUUUGCAUUUGCAUUUACAUCACAUGUCAUUGCUGUAUUUCUCUACCAAACAUACAUUGUAGGGGUGUCCCGAUACAACUUUAAUACCUCAGAUGCAAUACCGAUAUUGUAGCCUUCAAAAUUGGCAAAUAAUUACAUUGAUCUGAUAUUAGCACAAACUUGCGCAUGACAAGUUUUGCACUCAGCUGCUAUGUCUUUUUCAUACUUUAAAUGAAAAAUACUGCCACAGGUUACCGACAUCACUCCUAUUCCUUGCUACUUUAAUUUAGGAACUUAGUACACACUGUUGUUGCGGUCACAUGAAGUUGAAGUUGAAGUAGGCUCCAUUUUUGUCCUCUCACUACCCGGGACGCUAUAGGUUGUUAAGGGAAGGUCCCGCCCUCCUUCGCCUCUGAUUGGCUCUAAGUGCUGACCGUUUGGCUUGAGCGUGUGAUGACUUUCCCCCAGAAAAGUCUUCCCCAGGAUGCGUAUUUUUUCCACCCGGAAAGUCACAAAAACGCAUCGGGCUUGAUGUAUUUCGUGAUUUCACAUUCUAUAUUCGUGUCGGCCCCGGUGUGUAAGGACCUUUUAAAAAAACAUGUUAGUUCAUAAGAAGUCACUGUUUUUAAAGUACUGGUAGGUUUUUAUUUAUUUAUUUACUUAAUAGGCCAGAAGAGUUGUGGGCUGUAGGGAGUUACUUAUCCCAGCUAAGAAACAGCCUGACACGCACCACACCUUGUAAAACCCCAGACUGAACAUUUUGCACCUCAUUUGCUUAUUUGGACUAAACAAACUGAACAGAACAUGUAAAUUAGUGUUGGAAGGUCGUUCUUUUUACUCAUGCAAAGCUGGCAGACUCAGUUUGAAAGUCACUCCAUGUUACUCAAAGUGGACACAACCCACAUAAAGAUGUCAGGAGUUACACCAAUGCGUUUCAUUUGUAAUAAUAAGAUUAAAGGCAGCUGAAAGAGUCGAAGGUGUUUCAGCCUCAGAGUUUCAUCAUCAAUGUAGGUGUGACUCUAAAAUGUCUCAGGAUGACAGAAAAAUCCCCUUCAUUUGAUUUGAUUUCAUUGUUGAUUUUCCCUUUAAGCGUAUCUGUAUUUUGUAGAGUUGUCGAUGACCCAUAGCAGUAUGACGUGGUUACAUUUCAGGGUCGGGUUUGUUUAAUCGUUCUCCCUCUGGUUUGACGACUGUUGGUGCCAGCUGUGAAAAAUUUGAUCACACCCAUGUAGUUGAUUAACGCUGACGAAUGCCGGAGGCUGAAACAUGUUUGUUUUUCUAAGCUGCUGUUCUCAUUCGUUAUUGUUUAAAGAGAUUUACUUUAUUAACAUUCCCAAGGGUGGAUUUGUCACCUUCCGAUACAGCAAUGUGAACUAGCUUUUGGCUUUGGCAGGACAAGAUUAAUAUCAUCUCAACUAACUUUCAAAGAAAUGGGAAAUUAAUGCAGCAGAUGCCAGAGGAUAUCUUUGAACGCUUCGUUUAUAGCAUCUCCCUGUUUUCAUUACUGAUUAAUCUGCUUAACUUUUCUUUGAGUUAUCGUUUAUUUUGUAAAAAAAAAUGAAAAAUAGAAACAUUCCCAAGGAGUAAACUGGCAUAUUUGCUUUUUUAUUUGACAAAUAGUCCAUAACUUAAAUCAAGCAGCAAAUCUUGACUUUUUAAGCUAAAAGGCGAAUAUUUUAUGGAUUUUAUCUGAAUUUAUCAUCAGAUGAAUCUUCUUGUAACAGAUUUAUUGUUGCAGAGAUCUGAGAGAGAGAGAGAUGUGUGCGUCGUUCUCCUUUACCUCAGUAAUCCAGCAGAGGGCAGAGGUAAACUGAUGUUGGCCGGUCCUCACAUUCCUUUGUGGUCCAGUCAUUACUCAGCCUCUCUCCUCUGUUUCAGUUUCUGGAGCCUUUCUGCUGAAUAACCUAAUUCGUAUGACCCAAAUUACUGUCAGAGGACGGCUGAUAAACGCUCACAUAUUUCACCGUCACAUUUUGUUAAUGACAGAAAAACGCCAUCUCCCCAUCGUCUUGUUUGUUUUUCCUUUAUUUAAGAGGUAACCAACCUGUAACUCCGAAUAUGUGACUAAAAAAGACAGAAGACUCCCUUCAUGACUAGUUUUCUGUAAAACAUUAUAAAGAGUUUUGUUGCUCUACAGGGAGAUUGUGGUUUGCAUUUUCAGGUACUUAAUGUAAGUCAAUAGUGCCCGUGUCAGAUGGCCUCUCGUGGGCUCACACUUCAUAAAAAGUCCAUCACAGUGCUCUAAAGUAGCAUUUACCUUUAUUUCUUUUACUAGCGUUGGCAAUGAGCCCCUGUUUUCUGAUCCUCCCACCACAGGCAACUACAGCUCCUUCAUGCAGAAGGAAAUCUUCGAGCAGCCAGAGUCUGUGGUCAACACCAUGAGAGGACGGAUCAACUUUGACAACAACACAGGUCAGAGUGCUGUCUGAUGAGUUCUCCCUGUGGAGCACUGUUGUAGUAACUCCUCCGCAAAUCAGCUUCUUUACACUCCCUGUCCGUCGAAUUACUUUGCAAAGAUGUGCAGAGAACACAAAAAGUAAAAUUCCACUUGUAAGAUCAGUAUGAUGGCCACAAAAGUAAAUAUGUGAAACUGUCUAAGGGCUCUUUUUGUGGUCUCUUUUAAUGAGGUGGAAAAUCUCUGAGCAGAGUGAUGGAUUAACUGUUGGGUUUACUUCCAGUGACCCUGGGUGGACUGAAGGACCACAUUAAAGAGAUCCAGAGGUGUCGGCGACUUAUCCUGAUUGCCUGUGGCACCAGCUACCAUGCGGGAGUAGCAGUGAGUAUCCACCAAACAGAAGCUCUUUCGGCUUUGUUAUUUAAGCACAUAAUGGAAACAUGUCUGUACUGUUAUCCAUGUCGGAUCCAGCAGACUAGUUGGAUAUGUGAGGUCUGUAUUGUGGACACAGGUGUGAGGGCUGUGUGUUGGCACCGUCUUUGCUCUGAGCUGGACCGGCUUGUUUGAACAAAGUGACGCUGAGCAGUGCUCUCUUGCUUCGCAGACCCGCCAGGUGCUGGAGGAGCUCACCGAGCUGCCUGUCAUGGUGGAGCUGGCCAGCGACUUCCUGGACAGGAACACUCCCGUCUUCCGAGACGAUGUCUGCUUCUUUAUCAGUCAGUCAGGUGGGGAGGCCGCUGCCAUCUGGACAUGAUUGAGUGCACAUUCCCCAAUUGUCUUCCUCUUUCCAUCCCCGGGAGAGAGGCACUCUGCUUCUUCUUGAUUUAUCUCUCUUGUGCUCGGCUUCCAGAGUCAAACGUGUGCUUUACUCUCUAGUUUUCUGUAUCUGCACUGUACUCCUCUGUUGUAGUCCAUGUGUGGUAUUUGUGUAAAUCUGUGUGUAUGUCAUAGUUGUUGUUUUCAAAAUGUGACUGUUAUUCUCUGGUGGCUUUUCUGUGAAUCUGUUUCUAAUCAUUAUGUGGUGCAAAAGCUUCCCCAUUUUAACAAACUAAUAAAUCAGCAUCAUUUUAUUGUCAGAAGUGUAACAUUGCAUAAACUGUUAUGGUUUUUCCUCCAGGGGAAACGGCUGACAGCCUCAUGGCUCUGCGCUACUGUAAGGAGAGAGGAGCUCUGACUGUGGGCAUCACAAACACAGUGGGCAGCUCCAUCUCCAGGGAGACGGACUGUGGCGUCCACAUCAAUGCGGGGCCUGAGAUCGGAGUAGCCAGCACCAAGGUGAGCCGAUGAAACUUACGCUGCGUUCUAGUUACCUCGGAAGUCAGAGCUGGGAAUGACAGCGUUCCAGUUAAUAAGUCGGAAAACCAAGAUGGACGCCUACUGUUAGCCAUUGUUAGCUGUUGUUUAUAAUUGUCAGCUGUUGUUAGCCGUUGUCAGUCAUUGUUAGCUAUACCAGUUGUAAACGACGCACAACACAGUAUUCUACACUUACAAACACCAUAGCACCAUGUUCAGAUAGACGUUGGGCAGUACAACAUAUACCACAGAAGUGCUAACAAAUAAUACAUUACAAGAGCUUUCACUGUUACGCUUUACUGUUAAAGCACAGCGCAUCCAUCCUCAAUUAUGAUGUUGUUGUCAAGUUGGAGUUGGCGAGGAUCGUCCGAGUUUCCGAGCUUGGAAACCCCGACUAACAAUUACAACUGGAAAAGCUUCAUAAAAUCUUGAUGAUAAAGACUCGAUCCCGACUUACAAUUACAACUGGAAAAGCUUCAUAAAAUCUAUUGAGAAAAAAGUCCUCUGAUUUUAGUUGACAGUCCCUGUUGACCUUUGACAGAGUAGAGGUUUUACUUUUGUACGACACAGACCAGUACCUGACAACUCAGAUACGGCUUAUUCACCAAAUACCUGCAAACUUAUAUGAAUGACAAUACAAUGAAGACAAAACAAUAACAAUAUAUAUCGAAAAUUAAUUUCCCUCAAUAUCAAUAUAAAACAUGGUCAAUAUGCUUUUCGAUAGUCGGCCAUAUUUUGGUCGACUAUGCGAAUAGCCAAUGAAAAGGGGAGUUGCUCGGGGUUCGCACCGCGCCGAACCAAUCAUGUGCUGAAUUAGAACCAAGUAGCAAACAACUUCAUAGUAGCAGGCUGCAGCUACAGGCAACCAUAGCACUUUAACACAUGAAGCCGACAGCACUGUCAGUGAGAAAAAGAGAAAAUGAGUGCAACCCUCAGUAGAAAUGCUGAUGAAGGCUCAACAGAUUACAACAUCGUAGACAACAGUGGCAUGAAAGCGUCGGUGGUGUGGAGGUAUUUUGGUUUUUUGAGGUCCUACAUGAAGCAGAGUAAUGUGCACUGCAAAUUAUGUCAAGUACAUGUUCUUGCAAAUUGGGAAUACCUAACCAUUCAGUCCACUUUCUCUUACGCAACGCCUUACGACAAAACGUCAAAGAGACACAAAGACAUCACAGAUGCAGUAGCUUAUUGUACUGCAAAAGACAUGCUACCAACAAGCACUGUUAAAUUUCAUUUUCUAUAUCAUGAUAUAUACUGAUAUCGACUGAUAUGAAAUCAUAUAUUGUGAUAAACUUUUUCCCAUAUCGCCCAGCCCUACUUUCAGGUCUGUGUUUUUGUCCUCAGAGACUUACUUAACUAGUUCUGAAGGACACUUUAAAUAAACUAACUCUAUAAAUAUGUGAUUUGAUGAAUGGCCCCCCAAGAUAGGAAAAAGAGGUUUUUACACUGGGCUUGAAGAAACUGUACACAGGUUUGUUUCAUUAUCUCUUAAAUGGACUCAACACCAACCAACACUCAAUGAAACCCAGAUGAAAACUCCACAGCGAGUGUGGCUCGGCCUCUUGGAAGCAGACAUUUUCCUUCAGUCUCAUCAAACGAGGAGUUGAAUAGCCUGAAACUCUCAUCUCAUCUCAUCUGAAGGUUUCGUGCCCCCCCACCCACUUCUCCAAACUAAAAGGAUUUGCCAGUUUGGACUCCAAGCAAAGCAGAAGAGUACUAGAGUUCAGCGAGUAUGUAGAGAGAAAGAGAGAAAGAGAGAGAGAGAGAGGAGCUGGUCCCUCCCUGGCCCAGCCCUUCAACUUGGCUCAGUGUCUCUCGCGCUGCUCCAAAGUCCCAGAGCACGCCUCAGAGACGCCACCAUUUACUGCUCGGCUGGCUGGGCCCCAUCCCCACACACCCAACUCAACCAAAUGCUGCACAACCUAGCUCAUCAAAUCAAUUGCGAACAUGCAUUGCACCCAGCUGCUAAACAACUUGAGAUGUGGCCUCGGAUUUCUGUUUCAUGCUAAUUUGACUUUUUUGUGAGCUGGAAAAUGGGAAAAAGGAAAAGUGCUUUUUCAAGUUCCUCUAAUCAAAGACAAGAUUUAUGGAAUAGGUUAGGACUUAAGAUAUUUUGAUGCUUUUUAAAAAGCAAAUCCUUCUGGCAGGUCAACUGACGUUACAUGAAAGACGACAUCCUUUUUGAAUUCUACGAUCUGGUUACAGAAAUUUACAUGCAAGCUUGUUUCUGGGCAGGACAAAUCUGUUCAUGUUUUAGUUCUAGGGUUGUACAGGUCAACUAUUUGUCCUGCAAUGAAAACUAGAAAAUUGGCAAGUAGAAAACACAUCAUAGUUUACAAUGUGGGUUAAUAGUAUUGCCACAUCUGACCCAACAGUGCAGGCUGUCAGAGAUGUGAGGGACUGUGGUUCGCAUGCAGUCCGGGGGGAGAAUACAAUGUAAAGGUUUUACAGCUAUUUUCUUGGAUUCGGACACUGGCAUUUCUGAGUCUGGAGGGUCCCGUGAAAUGACUUGGCUUCUCUUGAGCACUGAUUAAAUCCCCCAAAUGGGCAUGGACGACCUCCAGAGUAGUCAGAGACGAGGGAACAGAAAGAGAGAGAGAGAGAGAGAGAGAGAGAGGAGGGUGAGGGGGUGUUUCCAGAGCGAUCAGAGACUGCGCACUCUGCUGUAGUGUUGUGUGUUAACAUAAUUUUCCAGGAUGAGUAGCUUGACUGAGCUCAACUGCACGCUUUUUAAUGCUGCUUUGCGUGCACUUAACCCUCCUCUCCUUCCAUUGCUCAUCUGGUGCAGAUUAUAAACUGGAGACAGGGCUCCCUAUCAAAACAGAGACACAAGAAGCACAGGCUCAAGAAACUUCUAAACCAGCAUUACAGUUCUGCUUUUUGGUAUUCAGUACUGUGCUGCAAAACAGGGAGCUCUUAUACCUUCAGUAAAUAGGUCACAAAUAGAGUGACGAGGUCCUGUGGCUUUUUCUGUUCAUGCAUGUCCGAUCUGAGAGCUGCCGUCUGUAUAAAUCAGUGGAUAAAUCAUUGAAUUGAAUAACCCUCACACUCUGUUUGUCUCUCCUCUGCAGGCCUACACCAGCCAGUUUGUGGCCCUGAUCAUGUUUGCGCUUCUGAUGUGCGACGACAGGAUCUCCAUGCAGCCGAGACGCCGAGAGAUAAUCCAAGGCCUGAGAGUCCUUCCAGGUAACUCAGUCCACAGGUAUCAGAGUAGGGUUGGGCGAUGAACCGAAAAUUUCCAGAUACCGAAAUUUACGACAAUAACUGACGUCGUUUUGCCCACAUCGGUAUAUUCAGGGUCAAAAAAAAUAAUAAAUAAAAGUUGGUUUUGGAUGUGUGUAGAUAGGCCUACAUCAGAGACAUGACUACACCCCAUCCAGUCAGUAAUAAAGAGGGAAAGACAGGUGAGGAGAUGGAGGACGGUUCAAAAGUUGGAGCGGCUGAAGCAGAUGAAGUUAAUGUGGGAGGGGGUUAGCAGCUUGUGGAGUAGUUUUCAUCCAUUUAUGAUUUGCUCAAUAUUUUGUGAUUUUGAUUUGAGGCCAUAUCGCCCAGCCCUAUAUAAGAGAUAGUCUCCGAUUCAAAUGCACAUAGAAAACCAGCUACUUGGAGCAAAGAUCAAAAACCUGUUUCUUUUUUAAGUUGUUUUUUUCCAACAAUCCCUUUUGACAAAAGAUCAGUGAAGGAGAGAAAGCUUUUUAUGUCUCGAGGACCUCGCAUGCUUCUCUUGAUCUAAAGCACAUGAUGCCAUGUCCCUGAUGGUAAACUAAUGAGGAAUGUCUGGUCGCUCUGCCACUCCCUGGCCAAUAUUAUGACAGCACAGCAUGUUGACACACUCUGUCAUACAAUUUUGUUGCUUAAUCCUCAGUCGUGUUUUUUUUCCUGCUCUCUCUUUAUUAGAUCUGAUCAAGGAGGUUCUGAGUUUGGAUGAUGAGAUCCAGAAACUGGCGACAGAGCUGUACCAGCAGAAGAGUGUGCUGAUCAUGGGCAGAGGUUACCAUUAUGCUACCUGUCUGGAAGGAGCUCUGGUAAGCAAGUACACCAGAUGUUCAGAAAGUUGCUUUUUAAACUGUCUGGAAAGAGGGUAUGUUACGCCUUUGACUUUUGAUUCUUUUAACCUGUCCGUCUUUCAUCUUUGGUAGAAAAUCAAGGAAAUCACAUACAUGCACUCAGAGGGGAUUCUGGCUGGAGAGCUAAAACACGGUCCGCUGGCUCUGGUGGAUAAACUCAUGCCUGUCAUCAUGAUCAUCAUGAGAGAUCACACCUACGUCAAAUGCCAGAACGCUCUGCAACAAGUUGUCGCCCGCCAGGUGAGGCCCAAACACCUUGAUCCAGUCCAAAAAGAAAAAACAAUCAUAUUACAGUGUUGAAGCGAUUAAACCGAGAACCAGAACAUCUGAAGUUUGGAACUGCUCUUCAGGGAGUUUAAAACUUUACAUUCAUAUACUGGAUAUGUGAUGAAAAUAGCACAUUGUGGAUGUUAGGUUAAUUACCAUGGUCCUGUCUGUGCCCCACCCCUGAUCCCUCACCUCAAUAAACACGAGGGAGGGGUCGCUUCAGUGUGACAUCAUUACUCUCAGUAAUCUGCAGCAGAUGUGGGUUUAAGAGGUGUGAAAAUCUACUGAGUCAAAGAGGGAUGGAAAGACUCUUUGGCUUUUUCUGACUCGUGUCACACUCAACGCUCGAUUCCCUCUGUUUGAUUUUUCAGGGCCGCCCCAUCGUGAUCUGUGACAAAGACGAUUACGAGACCAUAAAGAACUGCAGCCGCACCAUCAAAGUGCCUCACUGUGUUGACUGCCUGCAGGGCGUGCUGAGCGUCAUCCCGCUGCAGCUGCUGUCCUUCCACCUGGCUGUCCUCCGGGGUUACGACGUAAGUACCAUCCUUUCAGGUGUAGCAGUAGCUGGUAAUGACGGUUUUCUCAGCUUGGACGUGGUUAAAAGGAAUCGAUCUAAAAUUAGCGACCCCGUUACAGUGAUGGGAAGAACAGUUCUUUUGACUGUACUGAAUCUUUAGAAUCCAUUCAUUAAAAGAUCAGUCAGUGCUUCGGAGCCCCGUCCUGCCGGUUUCAGUACACAAGGGAGUGUCACAUCGGCAAGUUUGUCCAUUGAACUUGCCCCUCCCCUGCUGCUGAAGUCACAGCGUCGUUCACUGGGGGACACAUGUCGUUCAUUUGCCAAGUCCUGAAGGAAGCAUCACUCCCCUGCCCUGAAAAACUCACCUCUCUGUGUAUCGCUGUCGGCGAAAACAACACAGCAGCACGCCCACUUAACAAGCGAGAAUCGUCUCUCUUUUAUAUCACAGAAAAGUGAAGAGAUUAAAAAUAAGUCAACAUUGCAGCUGUAGCGGGGAUUCUGCUACGUUUGAAGAUAUCAAAUAGCGUAUUUCUUUAAAUCGGCUGAAAUAAAAUCCUUCUUGCAGGAAAGUUUAUACACAUGUAUUUAUGUAAAGGCACUAUAAUCCACUGUUUUAGCUUUAUCUGUUUUAUCUUAGCCUCAGUGAAUAAACCAGUGUUCAGCAGUAAGUGUACGACACUACACCCCCUCCUCCUCUGCCUGCAUCAAGUCAUUCGAAAAGUAGUUUGUUUCGUUCACCAUGUUUCGUUCACUGACUGAUACAGGUCGUUCAUUCGAUGUGAGUGAAUCACGAGACUCCGCCCACCUGCCCGCCCGCCUGCCUGGCUGGCUGUGUGUCGUCCGCUGGAGUCAGAGGCGGCAGUUCCACUCCCGACCGGCAUGCCAGGCUCGCGGCUGAGCUCAACUGAACUGAAAAAGGAACGAAUCUGGUCUCUUUUGAAUGAAACGUUCAUGAACGACACAACACUACCCCGUUAAACUCCUUCAUAAGCUUUUGAUCUGAUCGCACUUGAGAACAAAUACCAGAAAUAAACAAAUCCAGUGUUUACUUCUCUCCUCAUUUUGGCUCCAGUAUGUAUAGUUCCUUAUUUCCCAACAUUGCGCUGAAGGUGAUGGUGAGUUAAGCCAACGCAGCAAAACCAUCACAUGUGAAAAACCUCAAUCAUUACAAAAAUAAAUACUUCUUACUCAUUAUCUUUUGCUGUGAAGGAGAAAAAACAAAUCUGUGUUUAAUGUUUUUGACAUAUUUGUUUUUUGUAGCUCGCUAUUCAAACACUCUUUGUGUCUUUGUGUACUUUGACCUUUCUCAUCCAGUAAUAGCUCAAGUCCAAAUAACAGCCGUUCUGACGCUCUUAUCAGCUUACACCUGCAGUCAUAAAAGAUAUGUCAGUAUUUAUGUGAAUGCAUCUCCGUCUCAUGCUCAAACUUCUUAUUCUUCUUAGUGUCAGUUUUCUGGCUCGCCAAGUUUUGUUAGGGGUUCUAGUAAAUCAAACCUGAUAGGCUGACAGAUGCGUUCUGUCAACACCAUUAAGCCAUUUCCCCCCCAGACGGUAAACAAACUGUUGUGUUUGAUUUCAGGUGGACUGCCCAAGAAACCUGGCCAAGUCGGUGACAGUGGAGUGAAGCUCAUCGUUCAUCACUUGACAACAAAAGCCUGGAAGAAACAAACACUCGUGCGGACGAGGAGGGGAGGCUCUGCACUCUGAAACCAACAGAAGAUUAAGUCCUCUUUAUGUGUCUUGUAUCACGGCUCUUUUUAAUGCAAUCUUUUACUCAACAGUCGUGUAUCUCACUGUUGUAUAUCCUCUGUAUCCUCUCAUUGUCUGUAUUUUCAUCAUCAACGUCGUAGUAUUGAUUGAGACAUCGAUCUGUCCCUGGUGGUGAGGUCUGGGCUGGCGCCGAUGUACCAUUUCUUUCCUCUGUGGGUGUGUGAAGCUGUAGCAAAUGACUCUGACUCUGUAAAGGUCACAAGAACUCACUAGAAAUAUGUUUGUAUGUGCUUUUUAGUCUCUCUUAGAGCUGAUGUUAGAGCUGUUCAUUGACAGAAGUUACCAACUGUUUUUUUUUUCUCUGUAAUGCAGUGAUUUGUAGUUUAGUCGGGAUAUUUUUCUUUGGCAGCUAAUCAUUCGAAGUGUCUUUACUCCUCAGUUGAAGUAAGUAGCAGUCUUGAAUCAUUCCAAGCCACAGGUCAGCACUACAUAAUUGCAGCGCCGUUUGCCAGUUUUGACUCAGUUUUGACUCAGUUCCUCUGUUGGACUUUCUUCUGAAGACGCACUAGUUUACAGCAGCAGCUUUACAAGUUAGAUGACAGAGAGGCUUGUAAAUACACCAGCGUGUAAAGCUCAUUCUUCCGCAUAAAACAAGAACUGGUUCUGCUUUACGACUAAAGCGUUUUCCUGCUUACAAAAGAGUAGUACUCUACAGCUGCUUUUGCACCGUUUGGUUGAACUCUGUUGCUUCACUACACGAGACUUUAAUGCUAACUUAAGGUCUAAAGUUUACAUUUAAGUUACAAACUGAAGUAAAUCCUGUUAGAUGAUGAAGUGAUAAAUCUGAAGAAAGCCAGCCCACGCCCUGCCACCAGGACUGCUGCAAUAUCGGGACCAUUUGAAGCUUUUAUUUCCUUUCUUUCUUUCUUUUGUUACAUUUUUUUUUUCAUUUUCUCUUUUUAUUUAAAACAAAAAAAGGAAUUUUAUACCAUUGAAGUAACUCUUUGAUUUGAAAUGUGAAUGUUACUGUCAUUUUAAAUGUCCUGUCAAACCAAAAAUCUUUCUGAUGGCGUUGGCAGAUGUAAACCAAAACAUCUAUUUUAAAUGUUAUAUUAUUUUGUAGCCAAUCGUGUACUGAAGCUGGUACUGUAGACUGUGUGGUGUGAAGACUGUUUGGAGAGACAAAGGGGGUCAUAUACCUGGUUUUACAUCAGUAUGUUUGUCAGAUUGUAGAUGUGUAUUUAUUAAGAUACCAGCUGUGUGUGCGUGUGUGAGUGUGUGUGUUUCUGAAUGUUUAAAAGCCAAGGAGAGAGUAGUGUACACAAAACUGUGUAGUGAAGUAAUAGGAGCAGUUUUUUUUUUUUUUAACUCAACACAUUUUUGGUUUCACGGUUUUCAUUUUGCUUUUACAAUCAAGCCUUAACUUAAUUUUGACUUCUUUUUUCCCAGCAUUGAGCUUCUUCUGGGCCAGUGAGUGGGUUUGAAAACUGGACAAUGUUGUAACAGGUACUUUUGUGACCCCAAAUACAUGAGCUGAUUUUGAUUUGGUAGACUGGAAAAAAAAAAUGACAUAAAGGCACUACACGAAUGUGGAGACAUCUGUUGCAAGCCGAUGGGUUACUGAGGGCGUGGGGACACUUUUUAAAUCAGUGAACUGAUGCAAUAAAGUGUCAAGUACUAACCUUUGAUUGGUCUGAGCUUAUUUAAGAUGUUUGACUAUAAGGCUCCUGUGAGGACUUUUUUUUUUUGAUGUUCAUGAAACAGACUGAAAUUCAUACUGAUGGUUUUGUUUAUUUUGUGUGCUUAAAAAAAGCACAAGUGAAAAAAUUGAUUAUUUUAACACAUUUUUUUUUGUGUGUCCUCAUCUUAUUCUUUUUUAUAAUUUCCACAUCAAAAAAAUCUCUAAAUGACACAUUUUAAGUCAGCAGGGGGAGAUUUUUCUGCUAGAUGACACCAAAGCAGGUGAAGGAGAAAAGCAACAACUGCUUUGACCACAGGGGGGCACCAAAAUUGACAAACGAAAGGUUCUUUCACACCGGGACCGUUUUGGUCGUGCAAUUAUUCGGACGUCAUUAUUUUUUCUCGAACCCGUAUCCUGUCAAUACAAGCGUUCACAUCAGCGAUGUUUUCCCGUCCUGCGAUAUUACGGCAUUUAUUUUUUCGGAUCACGUCGAUUUUUCUAAAGUUUCGCAUACUGUUUCCAUUUCUGACCAAUCAGAUUUCGUGUUGUUGCGACGUCAGAUUCACCGGUAUAUCCAACAUGGCGGACCGGCGGAUUGUUUACGUAUCUGAGAACAGAGUGCUUUUUGAUAAAAACACAAACAUUACAAAGAUAACUACCUGAAGGACAACAUAGCGUCAGAUUUCUCAUAUGACGAAGGUUUGUGUGCUUUAACAGUUUGCUAAACGCUUUUGUUUUAAUCUUUCAUCUGUGCUAACCUAAGCUAACGGUUGUUACCAUAGUUUCAUGUGCUUAUCGCCUCUGAUUGGCUGUAAGUGCUGACCGUUUGGCUUGAGCGUGUGAUGACAUUUCCAGCUUUUCUAGCCAAUCAGAGGCGAGAAUUUUCCCAGGAAAAGUCCCCCCUGGAAAGUCGCAAAAUCGCAUCGGGCUUGAUGCGUAUAGUCAGGUGCAUCAAAAUUUCGCGUUCCACAGUCACGUCAGCCUCGGUGUUUAAGGACCUUAAAGCUGGUGAAGGAGAUAAGCAACAGCUGUUUUGACCACAGGGGGGCGCCAAAAUUGACAAACUAAAAGUUCCUUACAGGAGCUUUAAAAUCAGGCAUAAGAAAGUACUUAAAAAAUGUUUCGCAAUUUUAUUAAAAUUAAAACCUCAUUUUUUGGACAUUGAUAAAAGUUAAAAACCCCAAAUGACAUUUUUUUUUUAAAUUAACAUACAUGCAAAUAAGCUGUGUUGUACAAGAUAUUCAUGGGUUUCAUUCAAGAGUUGACAGAUCCCAAAUGAUUCCCAGUACCUGUGUAGAGUAAAUGGUCACAGCAUGUAGGGUAGACAGUGAUCUCCUGGUGCAUCUAUAAAGAGUCUUAAGGGUUGUGACACUAAGUCUAAAAUCACCGCACAAGAGUGAAAAAGUAGAAAGUGCUGUGUGGACAAAGCCCACGAUGGUCAUGGGAACAAAAGGAGAGGAUCUGCAAAUUGCCAGCACAGUCUUCAGUAUCGUCUUUGACCACUUGGCAGCUCUUCCUCCUCCUCCUCCUCCUCCUCCUCCUCUUUCUCCACAGUGGUGAUCAUAACAGCUGCUGUUCCUGAAGGUGUGUGAUGAAGACCAGGUGGAGCGGCUCAAGUAUCCAUGUUUGCCUCCUCCCUCCUGUGGGUAGAGCAGCCCUGCCAGCACUGACCUGACAGAUGCGUUCAGCCUCAGCAUAGUUGAAAGGUAAAAAGCUAAACAUUUGGUGAUUGCAAGUGCAACGCUCAGGAGGAUUUCAUUGCACUGACUGACCACCACAACGGCUUCCAGUGCAGCUGCAGAGUAACUAGAGAUGACAGCCACAGCUCUGAGCAAAGACAGCCUCCAUUCUGCAAACACAGGGAGUGAGGUGGACAGUUUCUCUCCUAGAAAGAGCCUCACCUGAUGCAGUUCAGGUAACAUCCUCUGUGCUGCAGCCAAGUCAUGCAUCGACAACCAAUCACAGCUGCUUUAAGGUGUGAGAGUGGGAUUGGAUAACUGUUAGCAGGUGUUCUCACCCGUGACCUCAAUUGUUAAAUUGCUUGACUGUAGUCUGCGGAUUGUGACCUAUUUAAGGCUGAUUUGGGACACUUUUAGGUUAGGUUAAGGAAAUCAUAUAAAGAAAAUCACAAAUUAAAGAAUGGCGCGGACAUCAAAACGGAUUACCUCUGGCUUUUCUGGAUUAAUUAAAUCAAAGAGAGUGUGUUUGCCACAAAGUACACUUUUUUAUUUCGUGACUAAACGUCAGCUGGAAAAAUGCUUGAAGAGUUUUUUGGGUCCCCCGCUGAUUGUCCUUUUUAACCACAAUUCUUUGUUGGAGUUAGUAAAAGUCUUUUUUUUUAAGUUUUAUCCUGAUGAAACUCUUUGAAGUAUGACAGAUUUUUGUCUGAAGAAACUCCUGCAUGGGGUUGGAAUCUGGAAAUCUCAUUAUCUUAUCAUUUCAUCAUGUCAUAAAUCCAAACAUGAUAUAAAAAGAAACGUCCUGCAGAAUCACUGGACUUCUUUUUUUUACAGCUUUACAAAAGAUUAAGAAAUACUACACAAAAGAUAAGAUUUCAGUAUGCUUUUAAAGAAAUAUUUGCAUUUGCAGGUAAGAUUUUACAUUUGACAGUGGUCUUUGUAUUCUAGUUUGAUAGUUUACCCCUGACAGAACACAUGCACUGAUUUUUGACAACCUACCACAAAAGUUUAAGGCUUUUGAGCUGAAGAAAACUCUCAUAAUAAACCGCUGGUGGUAUAUUGGAGGCUCUGGGGUUCAAACUCAUGAAAAAGUUCAUCGAAUAUACGGCUAGAAAACAGACGGCACUCUGCGUAUUACCAAAGUCUGCUGAAUUCAGUCAUAAGGGAGAGUCUGUGUCAUAGAUAGAAUCUGUGAUGCAAUGUUUAUAUAUGCGUUUGUCAGACUGCUGUGAUGCUGUAAUGGGUCAGACUGAGUGGAAACAAAAGCUGGCAGCAGCCGCAGGCAUCUUACACAGAAUUUGUUUGACGUGAAAAGUCCUGUGAACGCUGCCCUAGAAACGUGGACCAACUGCGAAUGACAAAAUAAAACGUCAGACACUGAUCAAAGUCACUUCCUUUGAGACAGUCAGAAAAAUCUCAGCUCCUUAUUCAACUCUGUCCUGUCCUCUGCAAACCUUCAGUUAUGUCAUAAAUGAUUAGCACCACUGUACCUUUUCUGCAGGCUGUCUACAUUUCCUGAGGAUAUAAUGUGUGUAAUAUUUUCCAAGAUAGCUCGCUCCAGUUCUGCAUGUGACAUAAUGCAACAUAUGAACAUCUGGAGUUAGUCAGUCAUCCUCUGCAAACCCUCUUUUUCCAUCAGAGUGGGUGAGCGAGGUCCUGUGUGUAACUCUGCUCUGUCAUCCCAAAGCCAAAUCAGUGGUCCGACAGGCCGUCAAAGAAAAGAAAAUAGAGUAAAAGGUUUUGCGUAAAGGACGAGUCGGAGACAGAGUUUAUAAUCUGAAGGAGAGCUGCAAAUUUAAAGGAAAUGUGAACCUAUUAAAGUGUUUAACGACUUUUGAUGAAAACUAGCUGUUUUCAUUCUGUGAGGAGGAAAAUCUCAAAGGUUAAAAAGUCAGAGGCUGUAGUUUAAAAAAGAUACCAAAAGACAGAGUACAAUUGAAUACACGUGAACUGUUUACUUCCAUAAAGAAUGAAAAAAACCAAAGGUGUUUACAUUCUGUUUUGGUGGAUCAUUCCCUCCUUUGUAAUCUGCAUUCAGCUGAAACCAAACCUGCUUCAUAUAAAUUUGUGCAAAUAAACCAAAUGCCUUUGUUUAAGUCGAUAUAAAGCUCGUUUUGAGUCAGGUCGGUUUGCUGUGAUACACAUCUUAACGUUGUGUCUUUCUCUCUAACAUUAACAAAGAUGUCUGAACACACAUUUAUAAGAAUUAUUAUUUACAUGUAUAUUAAGGCUGCAGAUCAAGAUUAUGUGCAAAACGUUUCCCUCAUUGACUAAACUCAGUCUCAAAUGCUGUCGUUUUGAUCGAGCCGUUUAUAAAAAUAAGGCUAAAUCAACGUUUAGUGAAACUGUGAAGAGCACAAAAAUAGGCCAGCUAUGAUGUAGCAGAUUUGUGCAUUGCUGUUUCAAAAAAUGGAUUUAUCAGCAACGAUUGUCUUUCUAACCUUAAUGAUACUCUAAAAAUGUGGUUCUUAACAUUAAAAGUGUUCAUAAAAAAUGUACAAAUGUGUAAUAAAAACAAGGUAAACAAACACACACAUAAAAAACAAAUGUUGACUCAAACAUCACUGCAUGCAAUUGUCCAACAUUCAAGAGUACAAAAAGUACAAAAACAGACUUUUCUGGACUCUUCUUUAGCGGCAGUGUCUGGGACAUUUGCUGUAAAAGUCUUGCAUCUCUUAUCAGGAAAACGGGAAUGCAACACACAAAUUCAAGAACUGUCAUGAGCGAUUUAAAUGUGACUGUGCUCCUUUAGUUUGUACAGAGUUCAAUCCAUCGUUUCUCUGAUUGGUCAAGAUUCAUCCUAUCUUUUUUUGAAAGCCUUCAGCAGCUCUGGGGACCAGAGGGCGAGUGUUUUCGAGCAGGCCUGUGUGACCUCAUUUGUAGGGAAUGUCUGUGUAAUUCAAGCAUUAGAGCAAUUGCACUGUUGGGCUAAAUGUGUACAAAAGUCACUGUAGACAAAUAGCAGAAAAGAAGUCCUCGCCGCACCACUUCACAAGGCAGAAAGGCCGCCGAGCACAACACAACAAGCUCAACGGUGCUCGCUCGCAGUUACAAUCAAAGAUGGUCACGGCCUCUGAGUUCCCUUUUUAAGUCCCUUUAAACUUUCUCCUCUACAGGCCAGGGCGAGGCGGUGGACGAGCAGGUGGAGGGGCUCGGCAAGGAGGAGGCCCCUGUGGCGGAGGAGGCAGAGAGCCGGUGGGGGAGCAAGGAGGUUGAGGGGUUGGGAGAGAAGCUGGUGGGGCAGAUAUGUUCAGGUUAGUCGGAGGGAGAGCCCGGUUAGGAGGUGGCGUGUAAGGGGGUGGCGUGAUGGGAGGAGAGGGGGAGUCGGAGCUGGGUGGAGGUGUUGGAGGCAGGGUGGAGAAGGUGUACGAUGGCAAUGAGGAGGGGCUGCCUGGGGUCGGUGGAAGGCUGCCCUGCGGAGGAGGUGGAGGCUUGUAGAUGGGGGUUGAGUGGUGGUUGUAAUGUAAGUAGUGAGGAGAGGGAGAUUUUGUGCGGGUGAAGUUCAUGCAUCUGCCCUGAAAAUGUCAAAUAAAGGCAGAUAUUAGAAAAGAAAAACAUCAUAAUGCACAGGAUGAACAUAUCAAUAUAAGC